AUGUGCACGCCUGGAGCACGGUCGGAGGGCCGGCGGAGCAUGCAGCUGCGACGGCGUGUGGGUCUCGUCGCGGCGCUGCUCGUCAUCCUGGCCAGCUUGCGGGCCACGCACGCUCAAGAGGCGGACUUCGCGCAAAAGUUCCUCCAGGGCGACCCAGAGACGUGCCAGGCGUACCUGGAGAGCCGCGGGAUCAACGCCCUCGCGAACCCCGCGCUCGACACACCACAGUCGUCAGCUUGGGACCCGUCGAGCGUCAUUCUGAGCUGGAGGACGCAGCUCUUCCAGGGCAAGACGGACGUGCUGUGGGGGACGCAUGUGUUCCCCGGCAUGGAGGACAUCCUGCUCCAGUCGCAGCUCGAGGCCGGGCUCGCGGACCUCGAGUCGCGGCUCCGCAACGCCGCGACGCCGUGCGGCGCCACGUGCCAGGCGGCGCAGCGCGACGCCCUGCUCGCGAUAUUCGGUGCUACGAACGGUCCGAGCUGGCCCAACACGGGCAUGAGCCGGAUCUGGACCUCCGGGGUCCACCACUGCUGCUGGCCGGGCGUGAAGUGCUGCAGCGCGGACAACACGCUGCCCGUGAUCAAGCGCUCGGGCGACAAGACCCCCGUGAAGCUCACGGACUCGCGGAUUCGCGCCGUGGCGUGUGUGCAGCCGGGGGGGGUGUCGUCGCUGGACCUGUCGCGCGCGGGCAGGGACACGGAGGCCGGGGACUCGCUGGUGACGCGCACGGGCGGGUCGCUGCCGGCCGGGGCGCUCGAGCCGCUCCGCAGCUCGCUGGAGUAUCUGAGCUUGGCGGGGCUGGGUCUGUCCGGGACCAUCCCGCGGGAGGUGCUGCGGCUGGUGAUGCUGCGGAACAUGCACCUCGAGGACAACCAGUUCACGGGAACGAUCCCGGAAGGAACGACCGGGAUCUCCGGCAGCGAUCCGGGAUGGCCCCUGCACGCGCGCAUGACGAUCCUGUUCUUCUCGGACAACCAGCUGACGGGGGUGGUGCCCGCCAGCAUCGAGCAGAUGCUCAGCCUGACGUACCUCUCGCUGUCCGGCAACUCCCUCGACAGCACGAACGCGCAGCUGUCGCUGAUGCCGCAGCUCUCCGUCAUCGAGAUCGCGCACAACGCCUUCACCUCCCUCAGCACCUCCAUCUUCAGCCCCAGCACCAUCGACGCCGCGAAGCCGCCCGGAAUCGACCAGUACUUCUCCGAGGAGACGUACGCCGACCUCGGACUCGUCCACGCGAGCGCCCCGCGCGGCCUGCGCGUCGUCAACGCGCGCCGCAACAACCUCGCCGGCACCCUCUCGGCCUCCAUCUUUGUCGCCGACAUGGAGGAGCUCGACCUCGGGCAGAACCGGCUCACGGGGACGCUCCCUGCGCUCCUCGGGAGCCAGGACCACCUCCGGCGGCUCUACCUCGACGAGAACGACCUCGAGGGCUCGCUCCCGGAGCCGCUGUCGCACUGGGCCGUCCAGACGCUCGACAUCGCCGGCAACGAGCGCAUCAUGGGGACGAUCCCCGUGACGCUCGCGGACAUGUCGGGCCUGCAGGUCCUCCGCAUGGACAACACCUCCCUCUUCGGGCCGCUCCCGGCCAAGAUGGGGGAAAUGGUGAUGCUGCAUUCGAUCGAGCUGCUGGACGCGCUGGUCUCGCACCCCAAGUCGCAGCGCAACUCCCGCGACGAGCUGCUCCCGGAGUUCAUCCGCUUCACGGAGCAGAUCGUCGUGCAGCCGGUCGACGCGGGCAUCGGGGGCGACGCGCCGCUGCAGUGCCCCGGCGUGGCGUGGGUGGGUCAGUCGCAGCGGAACCGCGUGACGAUCCGGCUCUCGCCGUUCUUCUACCACUACGAGGGCUGCCACUGCCCCGUCGGGACCGAGAUCCGCUCCGUUCCGAUCGCGAACUCGGAGGCCAUCAUGAGCCGCUGGAACCUGAUCAAGCAGUCCCCGUCCUACCCCGCCAACGACGCCGCGUGGGAGCGCGAGCACCUCCCGGCCGCGGUGCCCAUCUGCAAGGCCCAGGGGGACUCGCUGAUGAUCGUUCUGGUCGCGAGCCUCGUCCCGGCCGUCGUGGUCAUCCUCCUGACAGCGGCCAUCCUCUUCUACUUCCUGCGGCGGUCGUUCGCGGUGGCGAUGCUCGAGCGCCGGAAGCGCGCGGGGCCCCCGACGGGCUCGCGCGAGGUCACGCUGGUCCUCACCGACGUCGAGGACUCCACGAUGAUCUGGGAAACGAUGCCCGCGGAGAUGUCGGUCGCCAACGCGCUGCACGACGCGAUCAUGCGGCGGAACCUGGCGCGCUGGUUCGGGUACGAGGUGCUCACGGAGGGCGACUCCUUCCUCGUCGCGUUCCACGAGCCCGCGGACGCCGUAGGGUGGUGUUUGUCGGUGCAUCAGGAGCUGCAGGCAGCGGAGUGGCCGCCGGCGCUGUCCGCGGACAUCAUCACGGGGAGCGGGGCGAGCUCGGGCCUCAAGUCGAGGCGCGUGACGACACUCACGGACGUCAGGGGGGGGUCCUCGCCGCGCACGACCCCCGAGGACGCCUCGUCGGACGAGCCGUCCCCGGAGGUGAAGACGGCGGUGAGCGGCGGGAGCGAGGGCGACAAGAAGAGCGCCGCGAGCUCGUCGAACCCGUCGGAGACGCUCGUCAUGACCCGGCCGACGACGCGCGUCGCUCCAUCGGCGAAUGCGGACGCCAGCCACGCCACGUCGCUGAUGUCCCGCGCAAAGUCGGCGCCGCCGGACCCGGUGCUGGUCCCGAUGGGGCCCGAGGAGGCCGGCGGACACCUGUUCCGCGGGCUCCUGGUGCGCAUGGGCGUCGCGACCGCGACGGUGACGCGCUCGAAGACGCACCGCGUGACGCGCCGCAUCGAGUACGAGGGGCCGGCGGUGCAGCGCGUCAAUCUCAUCCAGGACUCGGCCCACGGCGGGCAGGUGCUGGUGUGCGAGCGCACCUUCGAGCUCCUCUCCCGCGGGCCCGUGAAGGACCUGUUGAAGAAGAUCAACUCCUUCAAACCUGCAAAGAUGCUCAAUGCGUUCCUCAACCAAGUCCAGUACGGGGUCGACGCACGCAACGCGCGCGUGUCCAACCAAACGGUCGAUCCGGCGACCAUGGGCAACCCCUCGAGGGGGCUGUCUCUCCACGUAAGCAAGAACGCCGUGGUGCCCGAGGACAGCCAGAUCACCCCCCCCGACGCGGCCCGGCCGCACCGUCACACGUUCUCCUCCCGCGUGUCCAGCCAAAACACCGCGAUCGGGUCCCGGAAGACGUACGUGACCAACGUGGACUCGGAGCACGGAUCGACCGUGAACCUCAAGGUCGAGCACGGCGCGGAGCCGCCCGCGGCGUCGCUGUCGAACAGCAACGGGCGAAAGGGCAAGGACGCGCGCGAGGGGCACGACGACAUCGUGGUGCUGGACAUGGGCGAGCAGAGCCUCGGGAAGGCCAAGACGCUCGUGCACGUGUUCCAGAUCCUGGUUCCGGGCCUCGAGGAGCGCGCGCGGUUCUUCCCCCCCGUGGAGAACCCCAUCACGCCCAGCUACUUCCACGCGCCGGGCACGCUCACGCCGAUCCUCCCGGACAUCAGCAUGUGUUCGCACUUCUCCGCGUACACCGACUGCGAGGCGUGCUGGGUGCGCGCGGCGCUCCCGGACGUGACGAUCGUGUUCUGCACGCCAUGCGACAUUGACGACAUCAUCGACGAGGCGCGCAACACCGGGAACAAGGCCAUGGCGACGUACCGCGCCGCCGUCCGCAGCACGCUCCCGCGCUUCGACGGCUACGAGUGCCAGGAGCUCAACGGCGCCUUCAUGAUGGCCUUCAGCAGCCUGCGGCAGGCCUACCUUUGGGCCGUGUCUUUCCAGUCGCUGCUGCCGACGCUGCCGUGGCCGCCGAAGCUCAUGAACAUGAAGUACUGCGCGCCUACGUGGGACGAAGACGGCGCGUUCAUCCGCGGCGGGCUCCGCGUCAAGAUUGGCGUCUGCGAGGGGCGGCCGCUGCGCGUGAUGCCGCACCCCGCGACGGGCCGCGCGGACUACUUCGGCCCGCUCGUCAACCGCGCCGCGCGCCUCUGCUUCGUGUCCGCCCAGCCUGGGCAGGUCGUCGGCCCGCUCGACCAGCUCGGACGCGCAGUCGCAGAGAUGGCCACCUCCACCGACUGCGGAGGCUUCUUCCGCAGCGCUGCCGAUCGACAGUCCGACACCGGGCAGGCACGCACCAGCGCGCUGGAGUCCAACGCGUUCCUGCCUCCCACGGGCAAGGUCGAAGCCGCGCCGGGCCAAGCGCUGCUGCUGCAGCAGGCCUCGACGGGCGGGGCGGUCCGCAGCUCGGGGAGCCUGACGGCCCCGCGGCCCCUGGCGGGCAACUUGGCUGCGGCGGGACCUGGACGCAAGGGCAAGCACCAGGCGUCGUGCUUCGAGGUGUUUGGAAACAGCGAAACUAUGUUCCAAAUGGGCCCGGAGAUCGGCAACGUCAUUGCCGCUGGACACGCGUCCGGCGCCCUCGCGUCCGGCGCGUUCUCGUCUGGCGCGCUCACGUCCGGCAGCCUCUCGAAGUCGCAAAGGGAGGACAGCUCGUCGCAAUCCCGUACGCCGCAGCAGCUUGGCUCGGGCGACGUCGUUGGGGCCCUCCCUACGGUGCAGUCCGGCAAGACGAUCGACUGCAUUCCGAACGCUACCGGAAUGCCGCCCCGCCCGCGCAUGGACCCUGCACCGGCGCAGCCCAGCCGUCUGGGCGUUGCUGCCGUGGCUUCGGGCCCGCUCAAUGCGGCCCCCGCGCGCCGCGAGGGCGGCAUGAUGCGGUCGGUGACGAUAGCCCGGGCGCACAACAGCAUCAACACGCGCGCGCAAGGCUCCGUGGCCACGGAGAUCCCGAAGGUCAUCGGGCGCGAGGCAGCAGCAUCUUGCAUGACGCUGGACAGCGCAACGUCCAGGGAGGGGCGGCGUGCGAGCGUGGCUUCGCCCGGGGCGCUGCGCUCGGCGAUGAAGAAGGAGCAAGUCGCGGCUGCGUCGACGCGGAAGAUGGUCAAGCUCGCGGCCGCCAUGACGCUCAACGAGUCAGGGGACGACGACUCGGGGCACGGGCUGGCAACCGCACCGACCGCCGGCGCGGAGGCUCUCCGGCGCGAGGUCCUCGAGGUCGCCGCGAUGGCGAAGAACAAGAGCUUCAGCACGCGCGACGUGCGCCGGGCGGGGCGCAUGUUCUCCAUGACGCGCAGCAGGCCCGCGCCCACGCGCGCCGACCUGAGAGCGAGCCGCGCGUUCAAGAUCGACAAGCGCCAGCGCCGCGGGCAGCGCGACGCGAAGCAGGACAAGAACGGCCUCACGUGGACCACGGAGUGUGUGCAUGCGCGCAUCGACCACAUCGGGCGGUUCCGCCUCAAGGGCGUGCAGGGGGAGUUCGACAUCGGCGCCCUGGCCGUCGGAGACAAGACGAACCCGAUCCCGCGCGCCCCCAAGCCCGGAGCGAUCGGCAAGAAGGGCACGUUGCUAGCGCCCCCGGCGGGAUUGGUCAUGAAGCUCCAGAUCCUGCUCCCGACGGCGACGCUCGGCGGCGGCGCGGCGGCGUUCAUCGGGCGCACUGACGACGUGCGGCAGAGCGAGCUCGAAAGCAGGAUGCUGCGAUCCAGCGCCGCGGGAGACGCUGGGUCUGGGAACGAGGACAGCAGCAGGCCUGCGAGCGUGGCGUUCACCUCAGGCCACGCGCCGAGUCCGGCACCCGUGAUCAUGGGCGCCCCGGGCCCGCCGCCCGUCGCGAGGCCGUGA